GUCGGCGAGGGAAAAGCGGCAUGGCUGAGCUGCGCUUGCCUAGACGGCCAACGCUUCUCAACUUAUCCUUGGACAAGUUCGACUCGAAUCUAUACACGUUACCUCGGAGAGGACAGUUAAACCAAGCAAGAAUUGAUGUCGCACCAAACGGAACUCGUCAUCUUUGUCUUGGAAUGAGCUUCUUUCGUUGCUUUUUUUCAUUCGUUCAUUUUGUCUUAUUCGGAAUUCAAGGUAAAGGCCGGCACAGGGGUGAUAUUUUUAGUCCCCUAAACUCCCUCAACAAACACUGUAGGCUACUGCAGUGUUGGUAAGGAUGGCCUUUCAAUCGGCCUUCUUACCAAUAUUGGUCUUGGGACUGAUGACUAGUUUGGUGCGUUGUGCCCCCUUCACUGGCAGGCUGAAUGACACGGUGGAACGACGCUGGGAGACACUGUACUCGCGGUCCUUGGCUCGGAUCCCUGGGGAGAAAAGAGAGAUAAACCGGGACAGCGACUAUCUUAUGGGCAUUAAACGGCUACGACGCCUUUAUUGCAACGUAGGAAUUGGGUUUCAUAUUCAAGUUUCACCCGAUGGGAGAAUAACAGGGGUGCACAAUGAAAACCGUUACAGUCUCCUUGAGAUAUCUCCAGUAGAGAGAGGAGUUGUGACAAUCUUUGGCGUCCAACGCGGUCUAUUCGUGGCCAUGAACAGCAAAGGGAAGCUGUACGGAUCUGUUCAUUACAACAACGACUGCAAAUUCAAAGAAACUCUCCUGGCAAAUAAUUACAAUGCUUACGAAUCGGUGGCAUACCCGACGAUGUACAUUGGACUAAGCAAGACUGGUAAAACAAAAAGAGGAAACCGAGUGUCACCAGCCAUGACAGUGACGCAUUUCUUGCCGAGAAUCUGAGUCACUCAGAAAUAGACUUAACCUCAAUAAGGUGGGGUGAGGGGGACUCAAAAUGAUACACUUUCAACUGGAGUUUUAUGCAAGACUGAGUGUAUCAUCCUGUUGAAAUUGUAUGUAUACGUUUGUAUAUCAGUUUAUUUAUUAUGUACAACAAUUUUGUAUUUGGGGGGAAACAGGUCCUCACAUGAGGGGGAAUUUCAGAAAUCAACACAUUUAUUUAAGUUUUUUAAUUUAUCAGAAGUCUGCUGCUAUUAAGUGUUUGGGUAAGUGAGAUUCCUUUGUAUAAUUAUGGUUUUCUUUGCACUGUUUAUAGACAAAAUAUUCUACAGCGACAGAGCAAAGGAUACUUUUAUAUUCUUUUUCUUCUAUGGAAAUAACUUUAAAGUCUUAGACCGAAGUUCAAACAAGUGAAAUUAGAUCAAAUUAUUGGUUUUAGAAGCAGAAGCAAUUGUCCAAUGGCAGGACUCUUUGUAUGGCUUUGGAGUCUAAUUGAAACAGUAUCAGCUUGCUACUGGUUACAGAAAGAGCCACGUUGAAGUCCUUACCCUCUCAAAUCUGUUUUUAGCUCUGCCAGGUGGUUGAACUUUGAACUUUUCUGCAGUCAAUCUUUGUCACAUCUAUAAGACUCUGGGUAGAGAGAGGCAUCUUCUUGACAUUGUAUAAGCAGAGAAUUUGAGAGUUUAAUGGCAAGGUCAGUGUGCUGACACACAAGGCAGAAACCAUAGCCAUGGCUCUUUAACAUACAACUUUUAAAAUGGGGAAGUAAAAAACUCAAAGUCCUCAGCAGUAUGGAAAAUAUAUGGAUCUCAAAAGGAUUCAUUGAAAUCAUCGCAAGUUCAGCAUCAGAGCUCCUCGCUGAGUGCAAAAAGAAGAAGGCAAGAUAAUGUAAGGAUUGUUAAAAGGUUAUGUUUUCCCCCAGUUGGUACACCGAAAGGCUAUACAUUAUUUUUGGGGACAUGUAUCGCCACCCAUUUCUUCCCAUUGCCCCCACUUUCCUUGUUAUCUAUCCUCUAUCUCACAUAUUCAACAAACCCCACCCCCCCAAAAAAAACUUUUCUAGAGUUUGUCCUGAAGUAAUUCUAUUGAACCAGUUUUAGAUUAGCCCCAAUCUCUUCUCAGAGCCCCAUGCCAUAGGCAGAAGUUCAGGCAGCCAUUUCGUCCCAGUUGCGCCAUGUCACGUUUGGGCUAUCUUUACCCUGUGAUUUACUUUUAGAAAGGAUGAUCAUGGUGGGAAUAUUUACAGACAGCUGUUAGACUGCACUAUAUGCUUAACCAGUAACCCUAUAUUUUUCUUUAUAUAUUUUGUAAAUAUAACCCCUGGUAACUGGCAGAGCAUAGCGAUGCUGCUUCAAAGUCUGUUUUUCCGCCUUUGGGAACAUUCAUUCACAGACGAAGGGGUUUGACCGGGAGAUGGCCCAUGCCAGAGGGUGUCUCUCUCUCUAUAAUCCCAGUCGGUAUUCACGUAAUAAUAAGGAAUUCCCUCAGCCACAGCCACAAAUUGGGGAAAACCAUCAUUCUUUCCUAUUGACCGCCAUUGUAAAAGAGGCAACUGUUUUUUGCCAUACAGAAAUAACAAAACAUUGCUGAAAAGCCGCUGUGUUGUUCAAUGUAACCAGGCCAAAGGCCCUGACCUAUGGUUCGCAAUGCUCCCAUGUAGGGAAAUAGAGCCUGCGAGAAGAGCCCUGUGCUGUGGCUUCAGGCUAUUUGGCGUUGGAGAGUGGGAAAUGUGGGGACCCGUUGUCCAGGUAGGCUACUCGUAGCUAUGUGUGUGGAAAACAUUUCAUCACAGGUAAGACCUUAAACUUGAUUAGUAUAGUCUGUUUGUAACUCCACUCACUACUUGUAGCUGUAUAGUCCGUUUCUUUGUGUUGUUGGUCUUGGCUAACGUUCGCUAGCUAGCACUCACUCACGUGGCUGCAAGCACUGUCACGAAAAGUGGCACAAGGGAUGACCUACAAUAUUACAUUUUUUCAAAGUAUUGAGUGUUGAAAAGUUAUCUUGAGGCAUGUUGUUCUUAAAUGCAGUUUUGUAAUGGACUAAAACAAGCGGACAACAAGAAAAUUGCGUUUGAAAAUGUAGAGUAUUUACUCUGAGGCAAUAGGUCAACCUAUGUCACCACCGGUUGUUUUCCCCACAAGUGGGCGGGGCUGCAACGUUCUAUCUAAUACCGACUGGGACUAUUAGAAUAGUUCUAGAUUGUACGAUGGUGUUCAUUCUCGUCUGAGAGGGUUCCAUCUCAGGUUCAACAUUCCACACACCGUGGCAGUUUACAAUGUAACAGUACUGAUUUUAGACAACUCAAACUGGAAGCGAAGGCCCAUUGUUUUAUAUUCAAUAGAACAAUAGUAACAAUUAGCGUCCAAAUCCUGAGAAAUCUAAUGAGGCGUAACUUUGACACAGCAAAUAGCUUUGCUAAAUGCAGUCAAGGGAAAAGACAUCACUGGCUAGUAGUAAAUAAUAGAAUGGCUGGAGCGCCAGCAAAUAUCUCAGGGUGUUGUUGGUGAACUCUCUGUGUCCAUGUCUAAACACCUGCUGUGGAAGUCUAUGUCUCCCGCAAAACAACCCUAUCCCGGAUCCCGUCUUCCCCUUCAAAAAGACACGAGCACAUGGCAGCCAAAACGAGUCAAGACUAUGAUGCUCUUGCAUACCAUCCAGCUCCUGAGACUGACUAGUCAAAGAGCUAGCCAACGCUGUACCUGACUUAAUAUUGUCACGUAUGACCUGGAUGCUCAAACCCCUGUUGUUAAUAUUAUUUAGUCACCCGAGACACCAGGCUGCACUGCCAAUCUCAUAACUAUUUUCCUUUGCCACAGCUGUGCCAAACGUUCCCCAAUUAGACUGUUUUGCAUGGGUCACCAUAAUGUUUACAAAAGACUGAGAAGCCACUGGCAAAUAUUCUGUGACCUCUCCCUUCAACCCUGUUCCAACCCCAGGAGAGUCACCUCAUUUGCUUAUACGGCAAGUGUACAAGCAACACGACACAAUGUUCCCGAAAUGUGCACCUCAUAGACAAGACAGUUUGAACAAUUGUUCAGACAUUUAAUCUAUCCCUGAUGCGACAGAGACAAUAGCGUAAUAUGCAGAACAACGAGCAUGUUUCAGUGUUUAAAAUGUUCAUUGUCUAUCUUCUUCUAUGGGUGCUUAUCUCUUCCAUUGCCGUGCUGUUUCUGCAUCCAGGGGAGGGCUCUUGGGUCUCAAGUAACAAGUGUCUUUGAGUCGUGAGGUCUUGUUACUCUUGUUUCCAUUGUCUUUAAAAAUAUAUAUAUUUACUAGAUAUUAUCUGUAGUUUUAUACAGAUCUUGUUGAAUAUCUUGAUGUAUGUGCUGUGCACAUGACUAAUGCCUAACUUAAAGUUAAUAAAACUCCCA